CUUCUCACAGCCUCAGCCAUCUCUUAAAAACUCCCACCUCUAGGCACACCACCGACAGAGGAAACUCUUCUGCCAAAGGGACUGUGCUCAAAAGGCCAAAUAAAGGAGACGAUGGCAAAGAAGGUGGCUGUGAUUGGAGCAGGAGUCAGUGGCCUGAUCUCCCUGAAGUGCAGCCUGGAUGAGGGUCUGGAGCCCACUUGCUUCGAAAGGACUGAAGAUAUCGGGGGACUGUGGAGAUUCAAAGAGAACGUGGAAGAUGGUCGAGCAAGCAUCUAUCACUCCGUCAUCACCAACACCAGCAAAGAAAUGUCCUGCUUCAGCGACUUCCCAAUGCCCGAGGAUUUCCCCAACUUCCUGCACAAUUCUAAACUCCUGGAAUAUUUCAGGAUUUUUGCCAAGAAGUUCGAUCUUCUCAAAUACAUUCAGUUUCAGACCACCGUCAUUAGUGUGAAAAGACGCCCAGAUUUUGCAUCUUCUGGGCAGUGGGAAGUUCAUACUCAGAGCAAUGGCAAGGAGCAGCAUGCUGUCUUUGAUGCAGUUAUGGUUUGCAGCGGCCAUCACAUCCAACCUCACCUGCCGCUGAAUUCAUUUCCAGGUAUCGAGAAGUUCAAAGGCCAAUAUUUCCAUAGCCGUCAAUACAAGCACCCUGCUGGCUUUGAGGGAAAACGCAUCCUGGUGGUUGGAAUAGGAAACUCAGCCAUAGAUAUUGCCUCUGAGCUGAGUAAGAAGGCCUCACAGGUGUUUAUCAGCACCAGACAUGGUGCCUGGGUCAUGAGCCGGAUCUCUGAAGAUGGCUACCCUUGGGACAUGGUGUUCCACACUAGAUUUAGCUCCAUGCUCCGAAAUGUCCUGCCACGCACUAUCGUCAAGUGGAUGAUGGAGCAACAGAUGAAUCGAUGGUUCAACCACGAAAAUUAUGGUCUGGUGCCUCAAAACAAAUACCUUCUGAAAGAACCUGUGCUGAAUGACGACCUUCCCAGCCGCCUGCUGUAUGGACUCGUCAAGGUGAAAACCAAAGUGAAGGAGCUCACGGAGACAGCUGCCGUUUUCGAGGACGGCACGGUGGAGGAGGACAUUGAUGUCAUUGUCUUUGCCACGGGCUAUACUUUCUCUUUUCCAUUCCUUGAAGAUUCGCUUGUGAAAGUGGAGGGUAACAGAGUCCCGCUGUACAAAUACAUGUUCCCUCCUCAACUGGAAAAGCCAACCCUUGCGUGCAUGGGGCUCAUCCAACCUCUAGGCUCCAUCUUCCCAACUGUGGAGCUGCAGGCACGUUGGGCGACAAGAGUUUUCAAAGGCUUGUGUAAUUUGCCCUCAGAGACGACUAUGAAGGUGGACAUUGUUGAAAGGAAUGAAAAGAAAAUUGACCUGUUUGGAAAAAGCCAGAGCCAGACACUGCAGACCAAUUACAUUGACUACCUGGAUGAACUUGCCUUGGAGAUAGGUGUGAAGCCAGAUUUCGUCUCUCUGUUCUUCAAAGACCCUAAACUGGCUGUCAAACUCUACUUUGGGCCCUGCAAUUCCUACCAGUACCGCCUAGUUGGACCUGGCCAGUGGGAAGGAGCCAGGAAUGCCAUCCUCACCCAGAAGCAGAGGAUCCUGAAGCCCUUAAAGACCCGCACUCUGGAGUCUUCAUCCAGCAUCCCAGUAUCUUUCCUGCUCAAAAUCCUGGGGCUCUUGGCUGUUCUUCUGGCCUUCUUUUUCCAACUUCAGUAGUUCUAAUCUGUCAGCAUGACACUUUUGUCCGUCAGUGUCUCUCAUUCAUCAGUGUCUCUUUGCAAAAACAACUGAAGAAAUUACAUCUACAUUAGAGUUUUUACAAUUCAGGGGAACAAGUGGGAGAAGGAAUUGUAGGGAGAGCAGAAGAAUUAGGUCUAGAUAUAAAACUGAAAUGAAGGUCUUGGAAUAUCUUUUGCAUUCUACUCUUUCCUCAAAUUCAUCAGUCUCCAAACAGUAUUAUACAAUGACACCAGCACAGGUAGACAGUGCUUCCAGGCACAGAAGGUUUCAA